AAAUGGCGUAAUCCUGAUUUACAAGAAGUGAUAGAUUAUUUACUUGAUGAUGAUGAUGAUGUUAAGGCACAUGCUGCAGCUUAUUUACAACAUCUAUGUUUUAUGGAUGAUGAUAUGAAGGCCAAAACAAGAGGGUUAGGUGGAAUACAGCCAUUAGUUAAAUUAUUAAGUAAUGAUUUCCCUGAAGUUCAUCGAAAUGCUUGUGGUGCUCUACAGAAUUUAUCUUAUGGUAAAGCUAAUAAUGAAAAUAAGAAAGCAAUACGAGCCUAUAAUGGUAUACCAGAAUUAAUCAGGUUGUUACGUAAAACUCAAGAUGAAGAUGUCAAAGAAUCAGUUACAGGAAUAUUAUGGAAUUUAUCUUCUUGUGAGGAUUUAAAGAUGCCAAUAAUAGAUGAUGGUCUAGCUGUAUUAGUAAAUGUAGUUAUUAUACCAGGUUCAGGAUAUGAUAGAGUUGGCUCUACACCAUAUAAAGAUCAUGAACAAUGGACAACUGUAUUUAGAAAUGGUACUGGUGUCAUUAGAAAUGUGAGUUCUGCUGGUUAUGAAUCAAGAAAGAGGUUACGUGAAUGUCGUGGUUUAGUUAAUUCAUUGAUCCAUACAUUAAAACAAGCUGCUGAUACAAUGGAUUUAGAUAAUAAACCAAUAGAAAAUGUUGUCUGUACUUUACGGAAUCUAUCAUACAGAAUACAAGAAAUUCAAGAUCGUGACUUCUAUAAGAAACGCUAUAAUACAUUACAAAGAAUGUCACGUGAUACUGAUAAAGGUGAAAAUUCUGGGUGUUUUGGUGGUGGAGUUGGUAAAAAGAAAGGUCAACAGAAAGGAGAUAAUAAAAAUAGCCCCGCACAGAACACAAUAAAUAAGAAUAUAUCAUUUUGUAAUUAUAGAAAUAUGAAUACCAAACUUCCAGCUAUAGCCAAUGAAUAUAAAGCAUUAUGGGGCAUAGAAGUUAUACAGAAAUAUCUAAUUUUAAUCAAAAAUACUUCCAAUCCUAUUACAUUAGAGGCUGGAGCUGGUGCUAUUCAGAAUUUAGUAGCCUGUGAUUGGGCACCUGCAGUAGAAAUUCGAGGUAAUGUACGUAAAGAGAAAGGUUUACCACAUCUUGUAGAUUUAUUAGCUUUUGAAAAUGAUCGAGUGGUGUGUGCAGCAGCAACAGCAUUACGUAACCUAGCUAUAGAUGAUAGAAAUAAAGAAUUGGUCGGUAAAUAUGCUAUGAGACAGCUAGUUAGUAAAUUACCACAAGAUACCAGACAUUCAGAAUUAGUACCACCAGAUGAUACUUUAUGUGCUGUUAUUGCUACACUAUACGAAGUUGUUAAAACUAAUCAGGAUUUUGCAUCAUCAUUUUUAGAAGAAAAAGGUGUUGCUCGUCUCAUGUCUAUAACUAUGUCUGAAGGAAAAUAUCUUGCCAGGACAAUAAAAUAUGCAUCAACUGUUUUACGUACUAUGUGGCAGUUUAAAGCCUUACAUAAUCAAUAUGCUAGAUUAGGACAUAAAGAAAGUAAUUUCCUCUCAGCUUCAGCUAUACCUAGGUAA